AUGACUCAACUAUUGUCCACCACCGGCGGCGAUGAAGGAUCCUCAAGCAAUGAAAGCAGUGUUCAAGUGGCUGUUCGGGUUCGACCGAUGCUUUCUCAAGAGGCUGGAAAUACAAAUUGCGUCGACGUUCUUUCUUCCAAUUCCAUAGACCUGAAUGUCGUCCAGCUAGGAGGCGGCACAGGACCUAAAUUCACAUUCGACGAAGUAUUUCCAAUAGCCGCGAACCAAAGUGCGGUAUACACUGACAGGGUUUUACCGUUGGUGCAUAGUUGUAUGGAAGGUUACAACGCGACAAUUCUUGCCUAUGGUCAAACAGGGUCAGGGAAAACAUUUACAAUAAUGGGGCCUUCCUCUUCUCUUGCGACAUCAGUACAAGACGAAACCAAUGCGGGAGUCAUUCCUAGAGCCAUACGGAAAAUUUUUACGUUAUUAAAUGAAGCACGAGACAAACAUAACACGAAUGACGACUUUCAAGAAGAUAAGAAGCUCGAACAUGAUGACGAUUAUCAUGGACAGCCUUAUCAAUUCGAAGUUCGGGUGCAAUUUUUGGAAGUCUAUGGGGAAGAUAUUCGAGAUUUGCUUGUUGCGCAACAAGGAUCACGGAAACUAACUAUUCGGGAUGUCGGGUUGGACGAGCCUGAGGUCGUGGGAGCCACAGAGCAGGUGUGUUGUUCUCCAGAAGAGGCUAUCUUAUGUUUAACACGCGGCAUGUAUCGGCGAGUGACAGGGGCCACAGCCAUGAACCAGUCGAGUUCCAGAUCACACGCAAUGUUUUCACUCAUCGUCGAACAGUCGAUAGCCAUGCCCGAUGAGGACAACUCUGACAACUUGAAUGCUCAAACACAAGUACAAUCGAUUCGUUCGAAGUUCAAUUUUGUUGAUUUGGCUGGUUCAGAACGACAGAAGCGAACACAAGCUGAAGGUUUGCGACUGAAGGAGGGAAUUGACAUCAAUCAAGGCUUGCUCGUCUUGGGAAAUGUUAUCAGUGCUCUGGGGGAUCCAGCGAAACGAGGAAAAGCGUUUGUGCCCUAUCGAGACAGCAAAUUGACUCGACUUUUAAAAGGAAGCUUGGGAGGUAAUCACAAGACAUUAAUGAUUGCAUGUGUCUCGCCAUCGAGGAGCAACAUGGAAGAGACAUUGAACUGUCUCAGAUAUGCAAAUCGUGCAAAGAACAUUCAAAAUCAUGCCGUGGUCAACAUGGAUGCAACCUCACGUCUGGUAGCAGGACUACGAAGCAAGAUGCAAAUGCUCGCAUCUGAGCUUCUCAAGGCGCAUGAUGCAACUGAAUUUGAGUCUAGAAUACCAAUAGAAGUGAUUGAAUCGAUUGCUGAUGGGGGAGAUGGAGAUGGCUACGAAAGCAAAAAAUCGAGUUUGGUGGCUCGCAAUUCAGGGUCGCGACCAAAAAAUGAUGCUUUGGAAAUGGAGCUUCAUCAGCUAAAGGCAGAGAACGAAGGGUACAAAAUCCAGCUCUCAACAGGCAAUUUUGAGGAAAAUGACAAAUCUGAUGGCAGCAAAUCGAUACAAAAGGCAUUUGUAGAGAGGUCGGUAGAGUACGAACGCGAAAUCGCUCAGCUGAAGGUCGAAUUAAUGCAACAACAACAAGCUUCGUCCCGUUCACGAUCUCACCAAAGGUCAUUGGCUUCUCGCGAAAGGUCUGAGUCUCCUGAGAUGCGCCGCCUUCGUGCGCAAAUGCUUGGUAGUCUGUCUAGCCCCCAAAACUUAGAUGCAGAAGUGGAGGCUGAAGAACAAGCAGCGAAAGAAGUCAUGACUAAGUUUCUGAGUGAGAGUGGCGACGGCAUGGGUAUGGUCGAGGAUGGGCAGGACACGGAAAGCUCAGAAAUUCACCAGUUGACAGAAAAUGAAGCUGCACUUCGUCUAGAAGCUGAUUUGCAUGAGUUGUCAACCUCUAUUGAUGCAAAGGAAGAUUUGAUUCAGAAGCUGUUGACGACACAAGAAAAGUUUGAGGCGAUGCGCCAAUUUUAUGAGGGCAAACUGCACGAAAUGGAAACCUUGUUGUCAAAGAGUGAAGUUGAAACAGAGAAACUCAGCCAGGAACUGGAUCGUCUAGAAAAGGGCCAUAGCAGUGAAGCCGAGCUUCAAACGAAAUUGAAAGAAAAGCAAGAACAAGUCGCACAACUUAGAAAGAAGCAGAAAGAGCUUACUCGAUUGACAAGCGUUGCAACUAGAAAUGAAUCACAAAUCGGCCUGUUGCGUGCAGAAGUGACCCAUAUGAAACAGAAGAAGGCCGAUCUCCAAAAGCAAAUUUCCAGCGAGAGAAAGAGUCACGCGAUUGAAGUGCAAUCGUUGAAGAAACAAUCGAUGCAAAAAGAAAGAGAGCUGAACAAGGUAAAACGGAUGUCUGACAAGAGAGCCGUUGAAGCGGAAAAGGCAAAAAAUAUUGCAAAGACUAGGCUGGAGCACAUCAACCAGCUCAAAUCAAAGUACAAGGAGUCUGAGAAAAGACUGAGACUGCAGACACUCAAACGUGGUGUCAUGAACAAGGCUGGCUUUGACUCGGUUAUGGUUGGACGUCGCGAUUCUCAACGACGUGUAGGUCGUACAGGCUUUGAUGUCGACAGUUUGCGCGACUUUUUCGAUGACAAGGUUGCAGAUGUCGGAAGAAAAGAAGCCCUUGCGGAGAAGUUGGCACAAGAGUGGGAGGAGCAUCUGGAACUGUCAAUCAGAAAACAAGAACUCCAAGUUGCUGAUGAAGAGAGCGAAGAGAUUAUGACGGUCGACUCCAAAAUCAAGUACAAGGAAGGCAGAAUUCGUCAAUUGGCCGCCAAGCUUGGAAAGCGUCGAAUUCGUGAAGAUGAUAAUCACGAGGAUGACCCAUUUCUCUUUGACAAUACGUUCAGACAAAUCGUUGGACACUCCUCGCCCACGGCCACUAAGGCUGCAGCCCGGGUUCUUUUUGGUAUGGUAGUUCGCGAGAGACGACGAAUUGCAACUCUGGCACGUACAGCGUCACUUUUGGAUGAAAGGGUGCAAACGGCCGAGGCAGCAUCGACGUCCAAAGACGAAGCAUUCCGUGCUUACAUUAAUGAACAACGGUUGGAAGCUGCGUCUCAGGCACAAAACCAACAAGAACAUAUUCUCUCCCUAAUGGAAAUGGUGAGAGAAGAACCCGCUCCGUCAGACGAUACCAAAGAAAAUAGCAUAUCAUCAAAUGAUCGAUCAUCUGGAAAUUCGAAGCUCGUCCUCCUCGCCAACGAACGAAUUUCCGUUCUCGAGAGUCAAUUGGACAGACUGAACACCGAAUGUGACGAUCUUGGACAGUAUCGACAAAAGGAAGAAAUUGCACGGUCCGAGCUAAUGAAAAAAUCUGAAGAAAACAAAAAACUUGCCGAAGAAAUCAAGCGUCUUCGUUCUACGUUGCGCAAGGUCCGAGACGAUGUAACAAAAGGAGAAGAGCACAAGUCGAUCCCUCAAGAUGAAGCAGUCGUCAAACAGCACAAGAUUGUUGACGAGAUUUCUAAUGCGCUUCGAUCGCAACCAAUUGACCAGAAGCUGCAUAAUUCGUUGCAACCAGGCUUUGUCGAGAAGAAUGGAUCUUUUGAUUUGGAAUACAACAGUGAUGAUGAUGACGAGGUUCCAGACUGGGCAGAGGACAUCAUGAAGGACCUUGCAGUCAUUGCAGAAGGCAAAAUGCCGACCUCAUUGCUCGAUUCAUCAGAGGUCGUUGAUGCUGAAGCGCAAUUGGAGCAGGCGAAUGUUUUUGAUCGCCUGACAAAUCCGUCUCGUUUCACCGGUGUACAAAAGCAGAAGAGGCACACAGCCAAGCGCCCUCCGAAGCAUGCCAUCAAGAGAGAUUCAGACUCUGAAGGAUCGGGAGCACGAUCAAGAAAACCGAUCAAGGUAACAGAGAGCAUCAGCAAGCUUGUCGUUUCAUCAGAUACGGAAAGCGUACAAUCAAAUAGAUCGGUCUUUGACAGGCUCGUGAGUCCUUCGAACGCCACUGGCACACAGAAGAACCGAAUGCAAGAAAGUCAAAGAUCGCUACGUGGUUGCUCCGACAGUGUGGACGAACAUGGUCAAGGAAGCGUCACUUCUGACAUUACCUCGUCUUCUCGGCCUCCCACAAGAAUUGAGAUCGUCUCCCAAGAUUCCCACCGUGGGAUCCAUACAUCGAUCUCAAAGGCACAGAGUGUGCAGGAACAACUGCGUGAAGCAGAAACGCUGUUGGAUAGCGUCUUACCAAAGGAUUUUGUUACAUCGAACGUGUCACCGAAAGCAAAGCGCGAAAAGGAUUUGAACUAUGAAACUCAAGAUGUUUUCGAAAGAUUGACGAAAACUACCACCCAAGCUUAUGCAUUGAAGCAGAAUAUCUCUGUUGUAGACAAGCUUUUGGACAGUGUUCUUGACGACAAGAAGGGACCACCUGGAAAGCCGACUCAUCGACGAGCUGCUUCGUUGAGCGGGAAAACAGACGAGCACGAUAUGAAUCAAAGUGCCCAUAAAAAGAGAAGUAGCUCUUUGCGCAAACCUUCAACAGAGUACAAAAGUGUCUUUGAGAGACUCCACAAGACUCCUACAGAAGCAGCUGCGAAUCGAAAGAGCCACUCGACACGCACAUUAACAUCAUUAUAG